AUGCCCUACCCGCGCCCGAUCUCCCCGCUCUCCCUCGAAACAUGCGCUUCUCCGCCACAUGGUAAUGACUCUGAUGAAUUGCUUGGCUCGGACGAUGAGUUGGAUGAGGAUUCCAGGGCCGUGAAGCGGCAGCGCAUCGAAAAACUGGCCGAGUCGUAUCUGCAAGGAAGGCCAUUGUUCAUUCUCUCCGCUUCAUUGAAAGGACCACUGGACGAAGAAUGGGAAAACCCAUGGAAGAAGACCAGAAAGCAUGGGGGUGAUCCUUCGGCCUCGCCCGACUGCCAAACCAAAGGACCGGAGCGCAUUGUCACAGAAACAGAUUUGCGCCCACCGAAGUUUAGGAAAAGCUUGUCGGCUGGUAGCCGUGGGCCAGAGAUACCUGCAUCGUCUUUGAACUACGUCGAAAGGGCCUCUGUCCACCCUGAAAACCGGUCUUCAUCAUCCAGAUCACCACGGAGGGAUUCAAUACAAUCGAGCUCGAGACCAGGGCGUGGUUCAUCGAAUGUGAUCACACGCUCGCCUGUGAAAUCGACCGGCCCGCUAUCUUCCCCGGCGAAAGCUCAAUCAGUCGUACCGCCUCGGACGGCCAAUUGGCUGAAGAAGGACCGACGAUUGAUGAAUUUCACCAAAUUUGAUCCACCCAGCUCGCCGACAUUAUCCAUCACAUCGCGACAGUCGGACAAGUCUUACCGGCCUUCAACUCGCAGUGUUCAGGUACAAGUUCCGCAAACACCUGCAUCUCCAUCAAAAUUACGCCCUACCAAGAUAGUACCGCCAAAAACCGUCCAAAGUAGCUCGCAAGGUCACCGCUCGCCUGGGUCCACACACUCUGUCGCCUCUACCUCACACCAAAUACAUCAAGUGGCACAGCAAUCGCCGCUCAGGCGAGCUCAAGCUACAGCAGAUCCUCCUUCUCUCCGGAUCGUCAAUUCUUCUUCUCAGCUACCGAGGUUUGAAUACCGUCGGUGCCAUACUGAGAAGUCGAGGUCGCCCUUGGAGGAUGAGAGUAUUCUCCAAGAGGAAACUAUUCUUCAUGACGAAAUUCCCCGAGAAAAAACUGCGACUGUUUCGCCGCCUGUCAGUAGUGCGAAGAGAAAUAUCGUGGAGCCUAUACCCAGCGGCUCGGAUAAGCCCCCCGCGAAUCCUCCAUCCAGCCAAUCUAUCAAUGUCCUACCACUUGGUGCCGAUGCCCCUGAGUCCCCCCAACAUGAAUCUGCUCCUAAACAGGCAUUUAUCAAGGAAGCCGAAAGCCACAAGACACUAUCCAAAGAUCUUAGGUUCGCGGAUGAGACAGACGUCGCUAAUGAAGACGAAGAAGCGACGUUUCAAGGCACAGCGCCUUCUACAGAGCUUGAUCAAAAUGCAACUGAACAAAACACGUGUGAUGAUCUUCCAUCCGCUCAACAGGUACCAGCACCAUUGGGGGUCUCAGAUCGAAUCACCUCGUUGCACUCGACGGCAUUGCCCAGGGCAAAUUCCGAUCUCAGCUCAAGCGCCAGUCCGGAAACUCAGCUUUCAACGCAAGCAGCACUAUCCCACGCCCAGAAAUCUUUCCAGGAUGACCUGGAUAGUCCGGCAUAUUAUGCGACAACACCCGGCCAAAAUAAAGCCGUUCAUUCACCUAGUGGGACGACCUAUUCCGCCAAUGUUACUCCAUUCUAUCGCAUAGAGGAGUCAAUUCGACGUGAUCUAGAACGGACCUCGCUGUCUGCAAACAAGGACAGAAUGCACGCAAUGAGCACACAGUUCAUGCUUGAUGCAGCCACGCCCUUCAACUUUAGCACAGAGCAAGCUGGUCAGGAUGCAAGCUGGAAACCGGCCAACAAAAGUAUGACCCAGGCCAUGAAUACACAGUUCAUGCUGGAUACUGCCACACCUUAUGCUUUCAGCACAGAGAAGAAGCCUCGUGCACCUCGGCCAGACUCAGCUAAAAGCAUGACCGCUGGAUCCAAAAGAAAGCAACGUCACGAUGCGAGCAAUUCCGGCUCUCCAAAGAGCGACUCCAUAAGCGUGGACUACAAAUAUCAUUCCACCGAAUCUAAUCAAGGCGGCAGUGAAAUCAAUUCUCCACGCAUCACUCAACAGCCAGAUCAUCAGUCCAUCGAUCACCCUUCCCUUCUACUUGACUUGGGCGAAGCCACGCCAGCAGCAGGCCAAGAUGGACAGGGCGCCAAUCAAGCGGUGGAAAGUUUCAAUCUUAGCCAGGCGAUUGCCGAUGCUGGGAGUUGGCUUCAGCAAAGCUUUGACUUUAUGAAAGAUACCGGACGACCGAGCCAAAGCCUUCAGAGACAAUCUCUGAACAUGGAUCUAUCCUAG